AUGCCGAUUCAUCCAGAGCAAGACCCGCCGCUGGAGGCGUUUGGGCCUAUUGUGCCGCUGGAUGCGCUGCCAGAUGAUCAGAUAGAAGGUCCGCUGCCUUGGGACAGGCCUGCGCGGCCUCUGACGGAUUUUGCGACGCAGGCGUCGCCCCUCCUCUUCGGCGGUGGCGUCUUUGGACAAGGCAUGUACAACGAGGAUCGCGUGUUGUACAGUGAUGAGGCUGUGCGCGCAUUGCGCCUCGCGUUUCGGUAUGGCAUCAAUGCUCUGGACUCGUCGCCGUACUAUUUCCCCUCUGAAUUCGUGCUAGGCCGCGCGCUUCGGAUCCUCGCGCCGGAAUAUCCACGCUCCUCCUACUUUCUCAUUACGAAAUGCGGCCGCUACGGGCCUGACAAGCACAUGUUUGACUACACGCCUGAGCGCAUAUCGUCUUCUAUUCACCAGAGUCUGGCGCGACUCGGUACAGACUACCUGGAUGUGGCGCUGCUGCACGACAUUGAAUUCGUCAGUGAGCAGCCUGUCGAGGCACAGACUGCGCCGGAUGCUGGGUGGCUGGAGGCAUGUGCUGUGCAGAAAAGUGCGCAUAUGCCGCAGGAGGAGGCGCUGCGGCGACUGGGCGUGCUGCCCCAAGACGCCGGCCGUAUUCGUGGGCCGGGUGAUGAGGCCGUCCUGGAAGCUGCACGAGCGCUGUUCCGACUUCAGGAUCAGGGCAAGGUGAAGCACGUGGGUAUCAGUGGAUAUCCUCUCGGUGAGCUCCUGCGUAUCGCGCGCUUGAUUGCCUCGCACCCGCCUUACCGGUGUUUGGACGUUGUGCUGAGCUACAGCCACCAUACACUGCACUCGGAUGUGCUCCCUGCAUGGCAAGCCCUCUUUGAGCAGCCCGUAUCUGAGUCGUGGCGCGCGCCGUGGAUCCUCAAUGCCUCGCCCUUUUCUAUGGGUCUGUUUUCCGAUCGUGGGCCACCUGCGUGGCAUCCAGCGGGCGCGGAUCUGCAGGAGGCUACGAAGGCGGCCUGGCAGACGGUCAAAGCAGACGCAGCGUUGCCUGGCUCGUGCAUCGAUCCCCAGGUGGUCAUGGGAUGCACUGCGCUCUUCCGCGGCAUUCACGGCGCCCAUACGCGCACACCGGCGGGCAUACCCCAUCUGCGCACUCUCAUCGGCAUGAGCAACGUCGACGAAGUGCACGCGGCCAUCCGUGUCUACCGCAUCUUGUGCGAGCCGCACUCAGCGAUCCACCAGCAACUCGUGCGCUAUGAACGCCUAGUACGCACCUACAUUGUGGAGGCCAACGCCGCCGACCGAGCUUGGCCUUCUCCAUAG